UUGCCAAUAGCAAGGCGGAAGGGGUGCGACGUUGCAAACGAUUGGCUAGUAAAAUGAUGUUACAACUGCGCAAGUGUUUAUUUGGUGUAACGCGGUAGAUAAGUUGCUGUCUGUGGAUGGGACGUCAUUUUCAUGCGUAGACUCCAGAAUGGAGAUGUCAGUCGAUUCUUUACAUUCCUUGGAUGGAUUGUUUUCCGAUGGUCCAAAAGAUAAAAAUGUGUUGCAAAAGGAAGAACUUACAAUGUGGCUUAAGGCAUCAGCUCCAGACAUUGCUGAAAUUCCACAUACUCAAGAUCUUCAAAACGAGUUAUCAACAGCAAAGAUAAUGGCACUAAAGACGUUUCAACAGCCAUGUAAGGAAAGUAAUGAAACCGAAAGUAACAAUUCAGUUUCAUUUGCCUCCCAGUGUGGAAACAAAACAAAAAAAACAAACUUGGAGAGCAUGACAUUACCAUUAUCUUGGUUUGCAAAUGGUGGUUCCCAAUGUAUGGAUUAUAUACGUGAUGAGCAGAGGUGUUCAUUUAACCCAAUUACAAAUUCUGAUGAAAAUACGAGUGCAUUCAAAAAAAGCUUGUUUAGGAAACAUGAUUCUUUUUUAAAUGGUAAAGACAAACAUAUUAUGGUGGAAAAUGGUUCUAGUUCUAAUGCUAUAACCUCAACUAAAGUUCCGAAAGAAAUAGUGAAGACAGAUUUUGACAAAUGCCCACCUCAGCAAAUGGCUUUCAGUUUAUUUGAUGACAGUGAAGUUGUAGUUCAAAAGGACACGCUGAAUAUGGAGCCAUUUUCUCAUUCUGCUUCUUCAAAUAUCUCUGACAAAGAUGAUGCACACUAUAGACUCCUAAAACCUGUUACAGAAAUCCCUAAACAGUUCAGGAUUAUCUUCAAAGAAUUUCCAUACUUCAAUUAUAUACAGUCGAAAGCUUUGGACCAUCUUCUUUAUUCAGACAGAAAUUUUGUGCUUUGUGCUCCAACUGGAUCUGGAAAGACUGUUAUAUUUGAACUUGCAAUUAUUCGAUUGCUAAUGCAAGUGUCUAUGCCUUGGACAAAUGUUAAAAUAGUAUACAUGGCACCGAUCAAAGCUUUAUGUGGUCAGAGAUUUGAUGACUGGAAAGAAAAAUUUGGACCUAUUGGUUUGAAUUGCAAAGAGUUGACUGGUGAUACUCAAAUGGAUGAUCUUUUUGAGAUUCAACAUGCACACAUCAUCAUGACAACUCCAGAAAAAUGGGAUAGCAUGACAAGAAAAUGGAAAGAUAAUACUUUGGUUCAGCUUGUACGAUUGUUUCUGAUUGAUGAGGUACACAUACUGAAGGAAGAAAGUCGAGGUGCAACACUUGAGGUGGUCGUCAGCAGAAUGAAGACAAUCUUUUCUCUUUCUCAUUUGCCUGAAAAAAGAGAAUCAUUUAUACCGAUGAGAUUUGUGGCAGUUUCUGCAACCAUUCCUAAUGUGGAAGAUAUAGCAGCUUGGUUGUCAGAUGGAAACAGUGCUGCUGAAUGGAUGAAAAUGGAUGAAACACGCAGACCAGUGAAACUGCGCAAAGUGGUUUUAGGCUUUCCUUGCAGCAACAAGCAAUCUGAGUUUAAGUUUGAUCUAACACUAAAUUACAAAAUAGCCAAUAUAAUACAAACCUAUUCAGACAGAAAACCAACACUUGUGUUUUGUGCUACGAGGAAAGGAGUACAACAGGCCGCAUCUAUUCUAACCAAAGAUGCAAAGUUUGUAAUGAGCAUCGAACAUAAGCAGAGGCUUCAGAAAUGUGCCAACCCAAUAAAAGAUUCCAAGUUAAGAGAUGUUGUACAAUAUGGCGUUGGAUACCACCAUGCUGGUGUUGAUAUACAUGAUCGGAAAGUCAUUGAAAACACUUUUUUAAUGGGAGAUCUUCCAGUACUUUUCACCACAAGUACCUUAGCUAUGGGAGUAAACCUUCCAGCGCAUUUAGUUAUUAUAAAAUCAACAAUGCACUAUGUGUCUGGAAUGUUUCAAGAAUAUAGUGAGACAGAUAUACUUCAAAUGAUUGGAAGAGCUGGAAGACCUCAGUUUGACUCAACAGCUACAGCAGUCAUUAUGACUAGACUAAGCACCAAAGAGAAGUAUCUACAAAUGUUAGAUGGUGCGGAAACAAUAGAAAGCAGCUUGCACAAGCAUCUUGUUGAACAUCUUAAUGCAGAAAUAGCACUGCACACCAUUACAGACGUUAAUGUCGCUUUGGAGUGGAUAAGAUCAACCUUCUUGUAUAUCAGAGCGCUGAAGAACUCGGCUUAUUAUGGUUUUUCUGAAGGAUUAGACAAGAUGGGAAUUGAAGCAAAAUUGCAAGAAUUGUGUUUGAAAAAUCUGAAUGAUUUGUCUUCUGUGGGAUUAAUUAAAAUGGAUGAAGAAAUUAAUUUCAAACCAACAGAAACUGGGAAACUAAUGGCUCUGUAUUACAUUGCAUUUAAUACUGCAAAAUUGUUUCAUACAAUUAGAGGAACAGAAACACUAGCUGAACUGGUGUCACUGAUAUCAUCAUGUGCAGAAUUCUCAGAUGUUCAACUAAGAGCAAAUGAAAAAAGAGUUUUGAACACUUUAAAUAAAGACAAGAACAGAGUAACUAUUAGAUAUCCAAUGGAAGGGAAGAUUAAAACCAAAGAAAUGAAAGUUAACUGCCUUAUCCAAGCUCAUCUUGGGUGCAUUCUUGUUCAAGACUUUUCUUUAUCACAAGAUAUUUCAAAGAUUUUCAGACAUGGCACACGGUUGGCUAAAUGUUUAUCAGAGUUUCUUGCAUUGCAAGAAAACAAGUUCUCUGCAUUUCUGAAUGCACUGUUUUUGACCAAGUGUUUCAAAAGCAAACUGUGGGAAAAUUCAUUACACGUUUCUAAGCAACUGGAAAAAAUUGGUGUCACUCUGGCAAAUGCAAUGGUAAAUGCAGGACUUACAACAUUUAAAAAGAUAGAAGAUACAAAUGCCAGAGAAAUAGAAUUGAUUGUCAAUAGGCACCCCCCCUUUGGAAACCAAAUAAAAGAGUCAGUCGCCAAUCUUCCAAAAUAUGAUAUUACAUUCCAGCAGCUGUCAAAGUAUAGAAUUUCCACUGCAGAAGUUGUUUUGACUGUUCUGUUAACAAAUUUCGAGCAGUUGCAGAAGAAAAGGACAGCUCCAGAUUCACAUUAUGUAAUGCUUGUUAUUGGAGAUGAUGAUAACCAAGUUAUCUUCAAACAGAAAAUUAUGGACUCUUCCCUUUUAAAAACUGGAAGUUGGACAAGAAAAAUUGAAAUCAAAAGAGCAUCUACAUCAACUGAUGUCUGCUUAAAUCUCGUCAGCUCAGAAUAUGUUGGUCUUGACAUCCAACGGAAUUUCAACAUUUACUAUCUGGGAUCAGACAGUUCUAAUGCAGGUGUGAAGACUCAGCAGAAAUCUGAAACAUUUUCAAGCAAAAUAUCUAAAAGUCCCACAAAAAGGAAAUAUAAUGCUGAUACUGAUUGUUCUAUAAGACAGACCACUAUAAAAUUUGGUACUAGAGAAUGUAAUCAUAAUUGCAAGAAUAAAGAUGCUUGUGGACAUGAAUGCUGUAAAUUUGGUGUGUCUGAGAAAGCUGAGAUGAAGACAAAUUUCUGUUCUUACUUAAAUGAUCUAAGGACUCGAAAUUCAGUUUCAUCAGCUACACCAGUGAAAAGACUAAAGAUGCAGAUGGAAGCUGAGACUAGGAAUGUGAAUUUAAAGAAAUUUGUCUUCGCGCCGAAACCUUCAAUAACACCAUCACUAUGGUCACCAUGUUUGAAAAUUCCUGAAGAUGUUUUAAUUCAAGCAGAGUCAAACAAGUAUAAACCAGCACUGCAAGAAGAAACAUGUUGUAAAUAUGAAAGUAAAGGCAAUAGAGAAAAGCAAACGAUAGGGAAGACUAAAAAAACAUGUGAAAUGAGAAAUCUCACUGAUUCAGACAAAUGCAACUCAUCGUCAGACAGUGCAGCAUAUGUGACAUUUGACUUGGGCAAUAACAUAUGGGAAGACUUUGAUGAUGAUAAUCUCUUAGAUGCUAGCAGUAUUUCUAGUACAACAGACCAACAUGCUUUGGAAUCUACAGAUGUUUCAUUCAGUAAGAACCAACCUGUGUCAAAGUUCUCACUGUCAGCAGGACACCACGAAGAAGCAAGAUACAGUGGAUUGAGUAUGAACAAGGAUUCCUAUUGGCAUUUAAAGGCAAAGUCAGGAAUUACUUCUCAUAAAAAUACCAAGUGUAUAGAUGUUCCAUCAAAUCAAAAAAUACAUGGAAGGAUGUUUUCUGAGAAUACAAAAAAACAUAAUUUUAUCUAUCAAGAGGACACCAACUACCCUGUUUUCUCCAAAAUGGAUUCUCCAUUCAAUGCUGGCUGGGCAAAUAACAUUUUUUUCAAGACUCCAGAGACUAAAAUACAAGAGAAAGGAUGUUAUCAUCAGGAAGAUGAAACAAAUGCUUUUGUUGGAAUAUUUGAUGGGAUAUUUUAAAUCCUCAUGAUCCUCAUUUACACAUUGUGGUAUCUAUAGGCAUAUUUGGCACAUUUUUGUUAUUAAUUUUGUUGUAAUGUUCUUUGUCUAACCCUUAAAAUUUAAUUAUUACCACUUGCAGACAUAACUGUUCUGUGGUUCUAGGUCCAUCUCACCUUCUGAAAAAGGAAGCAUUUAGUAGCCAUUCGAAAAAUAAGCAUAG